AUGGCAAACGGUUUCUUCAAUCUACCACAUGCGUUUGAAGGAUUUCUCAACCUUGAAGAACUUCUUCUGCAUCGUUUUGAUUUUGGGGGUAGAUUGUGUGGAACUAAGAUCAACCUACCACGGCUUAAGACGUUGGCCCUUAUUACAUGCACAAAUGUUUACAAUUUCAACAUUAAGGCUACAAAACUGCAGGAUUUGAUGGUCAUCGAUUGUCCUGAUGCCAUGUUGCUUAGUGUUAGACAAUUUUGUAUCGACAGUCAUUUUCUUAAGUUUUUUAUCGCCGAAAAAAUUCCAAAGUUGCUUCCACAUGCAAUUUAUAGUUUAAAGUGUCUGCGGUUGUCCCAUUAUCAACUUGCUGAUUUGCAUCAACUUCACGGUGCUCUUUGUUUGCUUCGGAACUCACCAAAUCUUGAAACCUUGAGUUUAUUCAUGACAAUGGUUCCUCGAGUUGAUGUGGGUCCAGCUUCAAAUCAUUUGGAAUCCCCAAAUUGUUUGGAUUGUACAUUGAACCGAUUGCAAACCGUAGAGAUAACAUAUUUAGAUGGAUCAAAACCGGAACAGCUAUUUAUAAAGCUUCUUCUUGCUCAUUCCCCUUCUCUUGACAAGUUGACCAUUACACCAAGUGAGCAAACUGAUGCUCAAAAAAGAUUUGACAUUGCUACAGAUGUAAUGCAGUUCCCUCGAGCCUCACCAAAAGCAAAGAUAUUCUACUUGAAUCCCAAGCCAUAA